AUGGCGCAACCUCUUACUGGAACUGUCAAAAGUGUUCUUUCUGGCGACACCCUCAUUCUCUCCAACCCCAAAGGCACCCUCGAGCGAACUCUGAGCCUUGCCUACAUCUCUGCUCCCAGAUUGAGGCGUGAAGGGGACGAGCCCUUUGCAUUCCAGUCACGCGAGUUCAUCCGCCAGCUACUUCUCGGCAAACCCGCUCAGUUCACGGUCCUCUAUACAGUCCCAACCAACAGUCGAGAUUACGGCAAGGUUCAACUAGCGGACGACGUCGAAUUGCCUGACAAGAUUGUCGCCGAGGGCUGGGCCAAAGUGCGUGAAGAUGCGGGCAAGAAGGAAGACAAUGAACAGACUCUUGAAUACAUUGACCGUCUGAGAUCGCUCGAGUCGCAAGCAAAGGCUGAGGGCAAGGGUCUCUGGGGCAAGGGCGGCCAGAUCGAGGUUUCUUCCGAAGUGUCCGACCCGAAUGCCUUGGUCCAGCAAUACAAAGGCCAGAAGGUUGAAGCCGUCGUCGAGCGUGUCCUGACUGGCGACCGACUCAUUGCACGUCUUUUACUCACACCGACCAAACACAUUCAGACCAUGCUGGUUCUCGCCGGUGUCCGGACCCCUUCUACCAAGAGGACUUCUCCCGAAGGUCGUGAUGUCCCGGCGGAGCCAUUCGGCACCGAAGCCCACGAUUUUGUACAGACGAGAAUACACCAGCGCAAGGUGUCGAUCGACCUACUUGGUGUCACACCCCAGAAUCAGCUCAUCGCCCAUGUCCUACACCCACGGGGCAACAUCGCCAUCUUCUUGCUCGAAGCGGGUCUGGCGAGAUGCAAUGAUCAACAUGUCACGCUGCUGGGCAACGACAUGGCUCGCUUCCGGAAGACGGAGACUGCUGCGAAGAAUGCGAGGAAAGGUGUCUUCACUGGCACGUCGGCUGCUAAGGCUGCUGGUCCUCAAGAUGCCGACUUCACCGUUGCGAGAGUGCUCAAUGCCGAGACGGUCUUCCUGCGAACCCGGUCCGGCGAGGAGCGAAAGGUGACCUUGUCCAGCAUCCGUCAGCCCAAGGCCUCCGAUCCGCAACAAGCUCCUUUUGGCGCCGAUGCUAAGGAGUUCUUGCGCAAGAAACUGAUCGGCAAGCAUGUCAAGGUAUCGAUUGACGGUAAGAAACCAGCCUCUGAUGGGUACGAGGAGCGUGAAGUGGCUACGGUCUUGGCCAACGGCAAGAAUGUCGCUUUGCAGCUAGUCGAAUCUGGUUAUGCUUCGGUCAUCAGACACCGACGCGACGAUACCGAUAGAUCACCCGAAUACGAUUCCUUCCUGCUCGCCGAAGAGGUGGCCAAAGAGGAGAAGAGAGGCAUGUACUCGGACAAGGCGCCAGCUGCCAAGCAAUACCAGGACUACUCGGAGUCUCUGGCCAAGGCCAAAAUGAUGGCCAGUGUGAUGCAGCGACAAAAGAAGGUUCCGGCCGUCGUCGACUUUGUCCGGGCUGGAUCCCGAUUUGUGGUUCUCGUGCCGCGCGAGAACGCUAAGCUCACAUUCGUUCUCUCGGGUAUUCGAACUCCUAAACCUGCCAGACCGUCGGGUGAGGCUGCGGAGCGGUUCGGGCAAGAAGCGCUUGAAUUCGCCAGCCGGAGAUGUAUGCAGCGUGAUGUUGAGAUUGAUGUUGAGAACACCGACAAGCAAGGUGGAUUCAUCGGUUCGCUGUACGUUGGUCGAGAGAAUUUCGCACGAGCUCUGGUUGAAGAGGGUCUUGCGGAGGUGCACGCCUACUCGGCUGAGCUGUCGGGUAAUGGCAAUGAGCUCUUUGCUGCCGAACAGAGGGCGAAAGAAGGUCGGAAGGGCCUGUGGAAGGACUGGGACCCCAGCCAAGAGCAGGAGGAAGAAGCUACUCCGGCAGCCAAUGGUUCGGGCAUCAACGGAAACAGUGCUGAGCCUGUAGCGAGAAGAAAGGACUACCGCGAUGUUGUCAUCACCCACAUUGACGAGACAGGCAAGCUCAAGAUCCAGCAGAUCGGUCAGGGGACGGUGUCAUUAACGGCGCUUAUGAACGCGUUCAAGCAAUUCCACCUGAGCCCUUCCAACAACAAAUCGCUUGAUGGCCCUCCCAUUGCGGGGCAGAUCGUGGCCGCCAAGUUCACGGUUGACAACGAAUGGUACCGCGCGAAGGUGAGACGGAUUGAUAGAGAGGGGAAGAAGGCGGAUGUUACCUACCUCGACUAUGGCAACUCGGAGAGCGUUCCGUGGUCACGACUACGGCCGCUUGAGCAGCCUCAGUUCUCGCUGAACAAGCUCAGAGCGCAGGCCAGUGAUGCGGUACUGUCGUUCGUUCAGCUACCUCCCAACCCAGAGUACCUGCGAGAUGCCAUCGCCUAUCUGUCGGAGCAGACGGACGGACGGGAGCUGGUCGCAAACGUCGACUCUGAGGGCGGCAAGGAUGAGCCUCUGUCCAUCACGCUCUUCGAUCCUAAGAUCUCGACCAAGCCCGAAGAGAGUGUCAACGCAGAGGUGAUCCGGGAGGGCCUGGGAAUGGUGCCAACCAAGCUGAAGGCAUGGGAGAGGCAGUCGGCAGACGUGCUGGGCAACCUUAAGCAACUACAGGACGAGGCUAAGCAGGAGCACCGAGGUAUGUGGGAGUACGGCGACAUUUCUGAAGAUUGA